UUAUUUUCUGGGAUUAAUUUCUGCACAAAAAAUGAACAGCAAAAGUUUGCAGAUGAUGGAUUCCGUGCUGACGGAGCUGGGAUUAUGUCGGAAACAGAUUACCAGAGAAGAAAGCGUGUUUCGUGCAGUGUCUGAAAAGUUGUUUGGCAGCCAGUGUCACUAUGAUCGAGUCAAACUGCGAUGCAUCGAAUAUCUCAACAGACACUAUAAACAGUUUCAACAGUACAUCACUGAAUCAUUGAGUGAAAGAAUCAUGGCGCUGUCAGAUAGAAAGAUUUCACCAGGACAUUUGGAGAUGCUGGCCUUGUCUUGUUUUUACAAGCUUGACUUCAUCAUCUUUGACUCUGUGACCAAACAACAGUAUAGUCUCACUGAGAAUCAAUAUAACAAAAAGAUCUGUCUGUGCUAUGUGGAAGAUAAUCAUUAUGAUCUGAUCUACACAAAGGAAACCAUGCAAGCUGCAGCAGUGUGUCAGUCUGUGGUCUAUGAACUUCUCUACAAAGGAGUUUUCGGUUUGGAUUCAGAGCUAGAGGAAGCAACUUUAUUUUUGGAAGUUCAGAAAUUGUUGCCCAAAGAAAAUACAUUUCCAAGCUGUUUCCUGGAUAACGUCAUCUCCUCGUUGGGUCCAGAGAAAGUGGACACAUUACAGAAGCUGUGUGGACGCUCCUCGCCCCCUGUGCCAUACAGAGUUGCCAAAGCUCUGCACCCUGGUCUGUACAGGAACGUGGAGUUGGACAUUGUCCAGGAGCAGAAAAGAGAGGCUCGCCAUUUAAAUCUUGACAUAACAAAAGGAUUAUCCCCUGGAGACAAAUGCCAGGUAGUGUUUGAUGAAGGAGAUGGCCUCCCCUAUCAAGCACAUAUUCAAAGUCUAGACAACCCUCAAGGGACAGUACUCGUCUAUAUAGAGAAACUUGGAGUCAAGCGAACAGUGCCAGCCAGGUGUGUUCGCCCUCUACCGUUAAAUAUCUACGGUGAACAGUUGCCUGUAACUCAAGUCAAUGUAUUACCAUACUUAAAGAAAAACCGAAGGAAAAAGCACCCUACUAUUCCUGUGUUAUUUGAAGACGCCCCAUGCUCCUCAUUCACUAGUCAAAGUACUAGCAGUAGUGACAGCAUCGACCGCCACUCAGGUGUCCACCACUCAGACGUCCGUCACACGGCCCCAUCUAAUAGAUUGGACAGCAGCUCUAGCAACUUACACAGCACCCACAAAAGUUUUCAGCCCAUCGUCGUAGCCCCUUCCCAGAGCUCCCCAGUCUCGACAGUUGUGUCCCCUGCAGCCCUAACACCCAUCCCUCAUUCUCCUGGCGUCUACGCCUACCCGGGUGCCGUGAGCGCUGGACCCCAUGCUGUUCUAGACGAGAGGACACUCUUCUGUGGCGCAUCACUUGACCACUCAGCAGGACUGCCAGUCACUUGUAUCCCUCAAACUGCAGAUAGUGGCUACUGUCUAGUUCCUAGUGAUCCCUCUCAAUCCUAUUGCGUAAUGAGUACUGGCAGUGCCCCCCAGCAGGGGCCAGUGUAUUGGAUGCCUGCUAUGGUAGCAGUGCCUUAUGGAGCCAAUGUGGGGCAAGUCAACAUGGGCUGGACUCCUACUUACAACAGAGACAUAGCACCUGCAGACAUCAAUCUCUGUGAAUUAUUUUCAGGUCUUGAGUACUAUCAGAUGACAUCUCAAGGUCAGCCAGAGAUGACCUCAGGCACCAUGAUAAUGGACAACUACUCCAUGCCUCCCCCAGCCCCAGCAGUGACCCUCUGCAGUGAGACUGGCUUUGUUGGAGGAUACGGCGAGCUUCCAGCAGUGAGUGAUGUUCAUGUUACUAAGGAUAGCAGUUGUUCUCAGACUGAGACAGGAAGUAGUAGACGUUGCUAUGACAACACAGCACAUAAACACAAUGACAAGCCAGACAGUUACCCGGGUGUAAAAAUGAAUGGAGUUUCCGAGGGUCAGUUUAAAGUGUGUCAAAAAUCUGGCCAUGUUGGAGACACGUGCGACGAGGAGGAGAGUAAAGGUAAAGACAGUGAAGAUGGAAGUGAGGGGAUGGAUGUGGGCAGCGAUGGGGACAGCGGCUGCCCCAGUGAGUGUGCUGAUUUGUCCCCAGUCAGUGGUCCUGAUUUGUUCAGCUCCUCGGAACUGACUCACCCAGACAGUGCUGAGUCUGCCGCUGAGCUGACGGCAACAGAGAAGCCUCGAGGAAAACGUCGCUACUAUAUGUACGGCAAUCAUAAACUGGUCAAGCCGAUUAAAGAAAUACCGUUGCGCUUUCAGAUUCUGUUGGCGGAAACCAGUGCCGCCAAGGCCAGGUGUGAGGGACAACCUAUUUACAUGCAGCCCCUCUCACCGGGUCAACAUGACCUUGUUUACUAUCAAACUAAUGACAGCUCACAAACUCAGCUUAACGCUAAUGCUUCUUGCUUUAUACCUAAUCAAGAUGGUGGCGGGCUUGAUUCUACUACGCAAACUGCUUAUCUUCCUGAAUGUUUUACUGGUGUGAGUUCUUCUUUCUCCUCCCCGUGUACCAACCCAAGUAAUUUUACCCACACUGUGCAGCAUACUCCCAUGUUUCUCUCCCCCCUACCUCCUUCCUCAGCUCCCACUAGCACUCAGAACUGUUCGACUAUUAUUGUUUACUCCUCCCACUCAACAAGCGCCUCCUCACCUCCCAACCCUCCCCCCAUUAGAACCAUUACUGUUCCACCCCCUCCCUUCCCCCCUCCUUCCAAUAUGCCACCCCCUCCCUUAGAGCACCCUGUUUGUCUUACGUCUUCCGCCAAUCAGAACAUUUGUCUUAUUCCAUCCAAUCAAAACCCAGUAAAAUCAGAACAACAGUUUAAACCCCCCAGCUUUCCAGCACCUCCCGCUAAGUCUCUCGGCAUGUUGAGCGUCCCUCCCCCAAAUGUUCAGCACCCUUGCAACGCCUCUCCGCACUCCAUGACUCCCAGCAGCAUAGCUCCCUCCCAAAUGGCAUCUAAUAGUAUAGCUCCCUCUCCGAUGACAUCAUGCAAUAUGGCUGCAUCUUCGGGUAUUGUAAGUAGCUACGCAAACCCAACGUACAUCUCUGUCCAGCCCUCAGCAACAGUUCAUCCAAUGAGUGGCCCUGUCAUGCAGUCACAGCCUCCUCCCUACAGUUCGAUGGGUGGCCCCGUUCUACAAGCUCCUCCUUCUAACUACAGUCCUAUGGUUUCCUCCAAUCAAUACAUGUACAUCUACCCCUCUCCUCCUACAGGUCAACCAGCCUCUCCCCAUCAUUUGGUAUACAUGGUGAACCCUCCAGCACCGACCUACCAACAGCAAGGUGUUUUAGUGCCACUCAACUGUCCAGUGCCUGUCCAGUAGAGCUCUCCAAUGGGAGUUUCUCAAUCAGAUGUCUGUGUUAAAUUUGUUUGUUAUGAUAAAAUAUCUAAGACUAAUUUAUUUGUGCUCUAUCCACUGCAACUCAAAGAGAUUCAUAUUUUAAAACGGUUAUGACCUUAUACGAUUAAUCCAGCUCUCUUCCACCCCCCACCCCCAACUGCUGCUUGUAACCAUAGCAAUAUAAUCACAUGUACACUAUAAUCCUGGUGAUGGUUUUCAUCAAGUAUUUGAGUAGAAACUUUGCUUCUACCAUUACGUAUGCUAAAAUCUCAAAUUUCUCUUUACUACUAGAUAUAUUUAGAUGUCUUUAUUUCCUUUGUAAAGGAAUUUUAAACAAAGUAUGACAGUACUAACUUUGUCAGUCCCAAUCGUCUGUUCUAUGUUUUAUUUUUUUUUUUUUUUCCCUGCUUUUAAGUUUUUUUAAUGUCACUUUUGUUGGUUCCUCAUAGUUUUGCUCUAUGCUAUAUUUUAAUUGUUUGUUUUUUUGUCAUGGUUUACUGCUGAAUUUUCUAAUUGAUUUGAGAUUCUAAUUUUAACACAGUAGCAUCUAGUGUGAACGCAACCUUACAUAAAUACAUAUGUAUGUUUCAGAAGUAAUUCUCAUUAUGUUAUGAAGCCAAAUUGUUUCAGAAACAGAGAAAAAAAAUAAGAAUUUGGAAUUAAAAAACAUAUAUAUUCAUAUGUAGUGUGUAACUUUUGUUAACAUGUUAAUAAACUAAUCCAGGACCAUUUCAAUGGGUCUGAAUCAAUUCAGCUUUACAAGUAUCAGCAUUGUAACAUUAAAUGUGCCAUUCCUUUCCUUUGACUGUGGCUCCUAACAAGCCAGUUUGUACUGUGUGGCUCCUAACAAGCCAGUUUGUACUGUGUCGCUUCUAGCAGCCAGUCAUGUACUGCUUGGCUCCUAGCAGUCAGUCAUGUACUGUGUGGCUCCUAGCAGCCAGUCAUGUACUGUGUGGCUCCUAGCAGCCAGUCAUGUACUGUGUGGCUUCUAGCAGUCAGUCAUGUACUGUGUGGCUCCUAGCAGUCAGUCAUGUACUGUGUGGCUCCUAGCAGCCAGUCAUGUACUGUGUGGCUCCUAGCAGCCAGUCACAUACUGUACUGGCAGCUAGUGUAUAUUUAGUUGCUUGCUUCCUGGUGUCUGCACACUUGAUGUGUUCAUGCCUUACAUUCUGAAAGCAGGUUGUUUUUUUUCUGUUUACAUUUAUUUCUACAGCAAAUCUUGUUAACUAGUUCACAUUAAUCAUUGAAUGAUUCACCUAUAUCAUUGAUUGAUGCAUAAAUAUCAUUGAUUGAUGCAUAAAUAUCAUUGAUUUAUUCUCAUAUAUAGUUGAUUGAUUCAUAUAUAUAUAUAUAUAUAUCACUGAUUGUUCUCACAUUCAUGUUAUGAUAUAGUUCAGCUAUUUUCUGUUUUACUUUAAGCCUUUUUUAUUCUUUGAGGCUAGAAACUUUGUGAUUUAUUGAAACUUCAAAUCUUAAUUCUUCUUUUGUACAAUGCCAUUGACAAUGUUAAAGUGAGACUGCAAACUGAAAUGGACAAUGACAAAGUCAUUCCAGUAAUAGAUGGGGAAAUCAAGGCUGCAGGAUUUGUAUUGUUUGAUUUAGGAUAUUACAGAUUUGAACUAAUAGACUAUUUAUGCAAAAAAGAAAAAUUUCUUAUAAAUCUGUUAAAAAUUACUAUUUACUAUUUUAUUAAGUCGCCAUACAUGAAUUUUAGCUUCGUUCUCUAUUUUAAUUACCAUUUACUUUGAAACAAUGGUACUUUAAUUAACCUUAAUAGAUCAGUCUUCUGACAUUACUUUGAUCUCAGCUUGUGAGAGCUCAGAGACAUACAAAAUGCACAAGUCACGGUUUGUUGAUGUUGAGAUUUGAACAGUUUGAAUUUAGUCGUGAAACCAUACGGGAUCAAUAUUUAACUCUUUCUCUCCAUUAUUAUUUACCACAUUCUGAUGGAAUCAACGUUGGUAUUGUCAGUUAGGAGAGAAAGAGUGAACUGAUUUGUUGUUAAAGCUAUAAAUUGAGAAGAUUGUUUCUAGGUCCAAGAUUCUAAUGUCUCAUUUCAUGAACUUUUGGACUGACCUCUUCCCAAUCCCAUGUAUUUGUCUAUUCAGAUCAUAACACAAAAUGUCCAUAUGAACUUUUUGACUGAUCUCUUCCCAAUCCCAUGUAUUUGUCUAUUCAGAUCAUAACACAAAAUGUCCAUAUGAACUUUUGGACUGAUCUCUUCCCAAUCCCAUGUAUUUUUCUAUUCAGAUCAUAACACAAAAUGUCCAUAUGAACUUUUUGACUGAUCUCUUCCCAAUCCCAUGUAUUUGUCUAUUCAGAUCAUAACACAAAAUGUCCAUAUGAACUUUUGGACUGACCUCUUCCCAAUCCCAUGUAUUUUUCUAUUCAGAUCAUAACACAAAAUGUCCAUAUGGACUUUUGGACUGAUCUCUUCCCAAUCCCAUGUAUUUGUCUAUUCAGAUCAUAACUCAAAAUGUCCAUAUGAACUUUUUGACUGAUCUCUUCACAAUCCCAUGUAUUUGUCUAUUCAGAUCAUAACACAAAAUGUCCAUUCUGUAUUUGAUGUCCCAUUGUGACAUAGAAACGUUGAAGGAAAAUGUUCUGUCCCUAUGUGUCUGUAAACCAAGCUAGUCAUUCCAUGUAUUUAUUUCUAGUGCUCCAUAGACUGUACAUUCAGUCUUUUUGCUGACAGGAAGUCUUCCAUUUUGACCUGGUGACUUUUGUCACUCAAAACAGAUUGUAAACUACCCAAUUGUUUGAGAACUGUUGCCUGAGAGGGGUAUCACCCUUUGAGUUAGAACAAUUGAUGACAUGUUUGUUGUAUCAGUUUUAACUUUGUCUGAAAGCUGACCAUAUCACUUGGUCCUUUAGCAAAAGAAUGUAUUAUCAUCAUGUACAAUAUUUAUUUCAAGUUUUUACUUAAAUACCUUUGUGCAAAUGGAAUAUUUGUUUCACCUGUUCAAUUUUGUGUGUGAUUUUAUUUAGUGUUAAAUUUUUUGUGUGAUUUUAUUUAGUGUGAGAUAAUUAAAUGUCUCUUGCCCUAAGAAUAAACAUUUGCUAUAGAAAGCUUGGUCUAACCUGCAACAUCUAGUUAGCUUUUCUAGUACUCUCUAUAGAUUUUUAAGUGUCAUGCUAUUUAAGGUUAAAUGAUAUAAUUAAAUUAUAUAAAACCUUUUUUUUUUCUCUAUGUACAGUAGAGGAAAAAACAAACAAGAGCCAAAGCUUUGUUUUUUUAAGUGUUACCUUUCCCUUCUAUAGGAGCUGAGUUUAAUCUAUAAGUAGGAGCUGAGUUUAAUCUAUAAGUAGGAGCUCUCAUUAUCUCCCUAGGCUUAUUCACUUCAGUUAUUCAGUAUUUCAAAAAUCUCUAGUUUUAAAAUCCAUUUUAGCCAGUUAUUGUUUUACUGUAGUCUUGUUAUUUUUUAGUGCUGCACAUUGCCAGUGUGUGGUGCAUCUCAUGAUUGAGACUUACAUGCAACUGUGAAUCCAAGGAUUCAUCUAAUCAUUUUAUGUUCAGUCUAAUCAACUCAGACUCGGUGGUGAUACUACAAUCUGACUUUACUGUUGUAUAUAGUUCUUGAAUGGUUUUGUUUGGUUUGAGUUAAUGUUUGGCUGUUUUAGACAAUUUAUCUAUUUGUAAAAUGCAUUUUUUUUGUGUGAAUUCAAUUAACCAAACUCACAAAUGUUUACAUUGAAUGAUAAUUGAAUGUUAUGUUUCUGGACACAUUAAAUAACGCCAAAACAUUGACUCCAGUUUCAUCAUUGAACACUCUUGAGGUCAUGAAUAAUAUUGAGUGCAAGACAGAGCUGUUAUCCCUAGCCUUCUGGGUCACUAGACAAUCAAUGUUUGAAAGCUUCAAAGUCCCCAGUGUCUUAGUGCACUCUUUGAUGAAACAGGCUCAAUAUCCUCCUCUCACUAGCCUCUUCUUAUUCUUGUACAAAUGGUCAACUGAAAUCCAGAACUUAAAGCCUCCUCCCUAUCUGUUGAUCAUGUUUUAAAGUUCAAUAAACAUUUUUGUUGUUUUGUUUUUUAAAA